AUGGUUGUGACGUAUAAUUCGCGAAACCCAGCUGUCAAACGGUUGAUGAAAGAAGCACAAGAACUAUCAGAGCCCACAGAACUAUACUUUGCGAAGCCUCUAGAGGAUAAUCUGUUCGAAUGGCACUUCACGAUAAGAGGUCCUGAAGAUUCUGACUUUCAGGGCGGUUUAUAUCAUGGAAGAAUUCUUUUGCCCUCAGAAUACCCAAUGAAGCCUCCAAAUAUUGUGUUAUUAACUCCAAAUGGACGUUUUGAAAUACAUCGAAAAAUAUGUUUAAGUAUUUCAGGAUAUCAUCCCGAAUCAUGGAGACCAUCAUGGUCUAUUCGUACUGCAUUGUUAGCGUUGAUUGGAUUCAUGCCUACUCAUGGUGUCGGUGCAAUCGGUUCUCUUAAUCAACCAAAAGAAGAACGUCAAUUAUUAGCUCGCAAAUCACUGAGUUAUGUUUGCAGUAUAUGUGGACCAACUAACAAUUUACUUCUGCCCUUAACUACCGCUUCAUCAUCAAUGAAUAAAGAAGCCAGUGAGGCUGCUGCUCAAAUAUCUAUAAUGAGUGAGGAAGAAUUUAGGAAUAAAAAAGCAUUUACUAAUUCAAAUACACCUACCACUACUAGUACUACUACUACUAUUGCUAGCAAUAAUGAUCAUCGAACAAAGUCUCUCUCGGGCAUUACAUCACAAUCGAACUUAUCAUCUGGGAAUUUAGUUAAUCCAUCAUUAACACCGUCUACUUCUUCAUAUACUACUCCAUUUACAAUGCCUUCUUUAUCUUCUCCUACUCAAAGUAAUACUGAUAACAUUACUGAAAAUAUGAAUUCAUAUCUAUGGACUGGUUUUCCAUCAUAUAUGUAUCCUUAUCGAAAUGAAAAUAUAACACCACAAAUUGCAUAUUGGUUAUGUUUUCCAGUAUAUUACCCUGUAUCACCAUUUCCUAUGAAUACAAACUCUUCAUCAUCAGUAGCGACUGGAUUGAAUUCAACAAUUGAUAAUGGUACAGCUAGUGGGGAACGUGUACCUUUAAGCUUUGGUGAAUGGUUAAAGGAAAUUCGACAAAAAGAAAAAUCUUCUAGUACUUCUGUUCAAGAUACAGUAUCUCCUUCUUCCUCUUCUUCUUCUUCUUCUACUACUACUACUACUACUACCAUUAUUGAUACUACUCAAAUUACUUAUAUAUCACAUAGCAAUGAAAACAUUAAACCAACAACUUCAAAAACAUUAUCAUCAGCAAAUCAAAGUAAAGAGGGGAUUGAUUCAUCAGAAAAUCAAGUUCAUCCAAUAACUGGAACAAUUUCUUCACAAUCCAAAAAUGAGUCAGUUACUAAACAGUUAUCUUCAUCUAAUUUCAUUGAUAAACCAUCCGAAUAUAAUUCAAUGAAACAAACAAACUCAAAUGAAUAUGAUAUAUCAUCUAAUUCAAAUAGUUCAUUAAUUGAUAAUACAUUGCCAAAAACUAUUAGCACUAAUAACACUAUAGAAACUAUUCAUGAAUCCUGUUCAAAGAAUAAUAAUGAAAUACAACAAAUAGAUAGAUUACAUCAUAGAUUAAUAAAUCAAUCCAAUCAACAGAAUAAUAGACAAUCUACAUUAUUAUUUGUUCCAUAUCAUCCAGCAACAGUAUGUGCUGUUGGUGUAGCUAUUGCUUUAUUGAUUAUUGUUAUGCGUCGAUUAGCAAUUAUAUUUCAAGAUGUUUAA